AUGGGCUCGCAGACCCCGGCUCUCCCCCGACAUGAGCAUCACACCCUCACGGGCCAUUCUGGGCCCGUUAAUAUUGCAGUAUAUGCCAAGGGGUUUUCCAAGUAUGCUUUGUCUGGAGGUAACGACAGGACGAUCAGACUUUGGAAUCCUGAAUUGGGUGCCGAGAUAAAAGCAUACAAGGGACACGGCUAUGAGAUAUUAGGCAUUGAUGUGACAUCUGAUAAUGCUCAGUUUGCCUCUUCGGGCGGUGAUCGUGUCGCGUACCUUUGGGAUGUCACUUCGGGGCAAACCAUCCGUCGUUUCCAAGGACACAUGGGGAAAAUAAACGCCGUGCGGUUUGGCGGUGACGGUGCUAUCCUUGUCACUGCUUCCUACGAUCGUACAGUGAAGAUCUAUGAUUUAAAAGCCCAGAACCGAUCUCCGAUACAAAGCCUUGAUGAAGCUAGUGAUAGCGUAGCCUGCGUUUAUGUCAGUGCUGCGGAGAUUGUCACUGGGUCUGUAGACGGCCACGUUCGGACGUACGAUAUUAGGAAAGGAGAGUUGAGGUCGGACUACCUUGGCCAUCCCGUCACCUCGAUCCGACCUACGAAGGAUGGAUCAACAUAUCUCGCCACCACGUUGGACUCCAGCAUCCGUCUCAUGGAUUGCGCUAAUGGAAGCGCACUCAAUACAUUCAAAGGUCAUAAGAAUGAUUCUUAUCGAACCAAUGCCACUUUUGGUUUUGGAGAGGCCAGGAUUGUAUGCGGAGACGAGGACGGGCGGGUGUGGUCGUGGGAUUUGCUGACGGGCAAGCCAGAAAAUCCAAAUCCGCCACCCAAGGCACACAGCAAGACUAUCACUUGGACAGAACAGCAUCCAACCAAAAGGGAUGAGCUCCUUACGGCCAGCGCGGACGGGACUGUGAAAGUGUGGCGCCACCCAUCCCCUGUUUCUUCAUAG